CGGUCUGUUAGUUGUCAGCUGACAGCCCAUUCAAUUGGACUUGCUCCACGGCGGAUUUCGGUUGAGCAUUCGAUUCAAAUUAGUUCUAACAAAAACCAUUAAUUGCUAUUUUUUGUAAAGUACACGACGGAUUGCAAUUGUAAAAGUGCAUGUUAAUCGAUCGAGAGUCGUGGGUGAAAUUAAAUUAAAGAGUCAUUGCAAAUCGGCAGUAGUUUUCAGCUGCGCAGUAGGGGAAAACUAAAGAAAUCCACACACUGUUGCCGGGCUUAAUUGUAAGAACAAACAAACACAUUCAAUAUGACAAACAUGCGGCCACCGCAGAAAUCCAAGUUGCUGAAGGUCGUCAUAUUGGGCGACGGCGGGGUUGGAAAGUCCGCCCUCCUCACGCGCUUCGUUUCGAAUCGCUACGAGGAAAACAAUUUCCACACCAUUGGCGUGGAGUUUAUGAACAAGGAUAUAGUCGUCGAUGGCGAGCGCUUCACAUUGCAGAUAUGGGAUACGGCUGGACAGGAGCGAUUUCGGGCGUUGCGCACACCUUUCUACAGGGGAUCGGACAUCUGCCUGCUCUGCUACGCCCUCGACGAUCGGGACAGCUUGAAAGGAUUGACUCUGUGGCGCAACGAGUUCCUCAACUAUGCAGACGUAGACCAGGACAAGUUCCCCUUCAUCGUGGUGGGAAAUAAGAACGACAUUCCGGCGCAGAAGCGACAGGUGAACUUCGAGCUAGUGCAGCAGUGGUGCGCCGACCAGAAGAUCGCCUGCCACAUCGAGACGUCCUCGAAGGCGGCGACCAAUGUAACCGACGCCUUCGUCCUUGGCCUUCGCCAGUGGCGGCACAUGGAAUGCGUGGCGGAGGCGGAGCUGCGCCAGCAAGGCGACACCAUCGACCUCACCCGCCCCAUUCGUCUGGUGCAGCGUCGCAUCUGUUGCACGGGCGGUGGCGAGGGGCAGGCUGCGGAUGGCGGCGAUGACGCCAUGCGAAGUCCGGGAAGCAAAAUGUUUGGACAGAAGCGCAACACAGCAAAGGCGCCGGCCACCAAUUAUAGGCUAUGAGCAGACAGACUGGAGCUGCCAGGGAACUUACGCUUAAUUUAACCACUUACCCCACCGGGUUGACCUUCAGUGCUUUUCAUUCCGCGAGGGGAAAGUGUCCCAGACCAAAAAGUAAUCAAUUGAUGUUGUUUACAUUUAAAGCGAUUAACCUGAAGCUGAUGAUAUUCUAAAGAAACGAUGUUUUUAAACGAACUACUUAAGAGCAAACGGCACAGAUAACAUUAGCUUUAUAACGUCUGUUUUGGCCAUUUAUCUAACAAAUAAGUAGGUUUGAAUAUUUUUUGGUACGCUUACAAAUAUGAAAGUAGGUUUGAAUAUUUUUUGGUACGCUUACAAAUAUGAAAGAAUCUAUUAUGACUACCAAAUUGUUAUUAAAAUAUCUAUUCUAUUAGUUUCUGCGGUAUCCCGAAAUAUGUUUUAUUUCAGAUAGAAAUUAUUCUUUAAUUUAAUUGUUGUACAGCAUACAAAAAUUGAAUACUCUGAUACUGUAUAACAGAAAAACCAAGUGUCUUAUAAAAAAACAAGCUUUGGUGCCUUAUAAAGCAUUAAAAAUCAUAAUUUAUACAAAACAAACACUUUUUGUACCACAAAUAUCUAUGGCAAAGUAUUAGAGUGCCUUAAAUUUAUUUAUCUGAAAACUGUGCUGAAAAACCAUUAAAAAAAGGUCUACAAAAGAUAAGAAAAUAUACCGCAUGUCUAUA